CAGUAGGAUGCAGCCACACAACUCAACUCAAUCUUAUUUCCUUGCGUCUCCCUGUCUCUCUUCUCUCUACGCUCCCAGAGAAUUCGACUGAAAUGGGACGCUUCUAACUGAAAUCAAAUUAUUUGCAAUUGAUAAGAACAACAAAAUGCAAGUUUUGGCAUUUCAGACUCCCCAAAUUUUAUCAUCAACCACCUACAAAAAUGCUCGCCCGCUUUCUGGGUCGAUUACUACACUGCCAUUUUCUCCCUUGGUGCCCAGAAAAAUCACCAGAUCAUCUCCUUCUUCUUGCAAUGGUGUUACCUCUUCUUUCACAGUGCAAUGCAGAGAGGCACAAAAAGAUGCUGCUGGGAGCAGAUUAAUUAGAUCACAUGCUUUAAAUGUUGGAGCUGGAUCUGGUAGCUAUGACGAGAGUGAGGGAAACGACAGCCAGAGCUCCCUCGCCAAACAACAUACUGAAACUUCCUCAAAUAUUGAGAAAUCUCCUGAUCGAAUUCCUUAUCUUUUUCCUAUUGCUGUUGUGCUGUGUUCAUGCACUUUAGCGUUCUUACUUAUUCUUUUCAAGAAAGGGCCUACAUCAAUCUUACCAGCACUAGCAAAGUCGGGCUUCACCGCAGCAUUCUCGUUGAUAUUUGUUUCUGAGAUUGGAGACAAGACUUUCUUCAUUGCUGCUCUCUUGGCCAUGCAAUAUGACAAACUGCUGGUCCUUCUUGGAUCAGUGGGUGCACUAGCGCUUAUGACUGUCCUAUCCGUCGUAAUUGGCCGGAUAUUUCACUCAGUGCCUGCUCAAUUUCAGACAACUUUGCCGAUUGGAGAGUAUGCUGCCGUAACCCUUUUGGUGUUCUUUGGUCUUAAAGCAAUUAAAGAUGCAUGGGACCUUCCUUCUGCAGAAGCUAAAACCGGGGAGUUGAGUAAUCAGGAAUCUGAUGAAUUUACUGAAGCUGAAGAGCUUGUGAAGGAAAAGGCCUCAAAACGAUUAUCAAAUCCCCUGGAAGUUAUCUGGAAAUCAUUCAGCCUCGUGUUUUUUGCUGAAUGGGGAGACCGCUCAAUGCUGGCAACAAUAGCCCUCGGUGCAGCUCAGUCUCCGUGGGGAGUUGCCAGUGGAGCCAUCGUAGGACACCUGAUAGCGACAUCUCUUGCGAUACUUGGAGGCGCGUUGCUUGCAAAAUACAUUUCUGAGAAGCUGGUGGGAUACGUUGGUGGAGUUCUAUUCAUUGUUUUUGGGAUCGCCACAUUUUUCGGAGCCUUUUAGCUGACUGUUAGAAUUGAUGAGAACGAGAAGGAAUAUCAGACGCGAAGGGCGACCUGGGGACCAAAUAGCAAGGUUAGGAUGACUGGAGAAUGUAGCACCUCUACAUGAGCUCAUCUUAUACUAAUGUUUCUGACUAGCUAAGAGUUGUUGAAAUUGUGAAGGUGUAAAUGUGGCGUUUUUUCAUUAAUAAACUGCAAUUCAUUAUUUAUCAUGCAUAAUUGGGCAAUUUCGUUGA